GAAAGAUUGAAUCUGUUGAACGAGAUGAUUGCUGAUAUGAGGUUAAUAAAGAUGUACACCUGGGAAUUGCCAUAUGCCGCAUUAAUAGAAAAAAUCAGAGUGAAAGAAAUGAAAAAAAUUCGAAAGUUUUUAUACGCAAGUGGAAUAUCGUAUAUAUUGGCGUAUCCUAUAUCGAAAUUAUUCAUUCUCCUCGCAUAUCUGGCAUUCUUUUUAAAUGGAGGACAAUUAAAUGCCGAAAUUAUAUUCGUCACAAUGACAGUUUCAAUGUAUAUCUACAACGACAUUGUUGCUCUGUUUUCUCAAGCAGUAGGAUUUGUUGCAGAAAUUUUGGUUUCGUUAAAAAGAAUACAGCAAUACUAA